UGCGACCAGUGGGACUAUCCACGUGGCGAUUUUACUGUACCCAAGUAACACCUCCCUCAGAUGGAAGAGCGAACCCCUUGGAGCAGUGUCGACCAUGGCACGCAAGGUUGCCGCCGCCGCCGUCUCGCCUUCUUUCGCGUCUACCUCGGAGCUACCUCACCUCCUUGUUGCAAGCCGUAGCUGCUUGACCUCCUCCCCAGCCCCGAUCGGCUUCCUACCCCUCCAGCGCAUCUGCAUCGGCGGAGAAGGAGGGGCGACAGCACCGCCGCCAGGAGGUCGACGACGAGGGUGUAGCCGACAAAAAGAGGUACCAGAUCGCGAGCACCAACAAGCACCUCAUCAUAGGGCGCGAGAUGGUCGAUGACGACACCUCGUGGUUGGCCACCUUCAGCGAGCACAACGACAGGCAAUUGAGGGACGCGCAUGAGCUCUCCGUGCUCUGCGAAGCGAAAGUGGACCUCCUCGUCUUCGACAACGCCGGCAGACAGUUGGACUACUGCAGCACCAACACAAGCUACAUGGAAUCAGAUACUAUGAAGAAGAUUUCCAUUGAAGGCCUGGAAAGGUUCAGGGAAGUGAAAUAUUAUCUCAUUCUCAUCAUUGUCGACACCAACGGGAGCAAUAAGUAGGACGCUGCGCUUUUCGAGGAAAUGUGUCAAGUCGCUGAAGCAACGAUAUGUACACUAUCAUAGUCUUGUACUGUUAUUGUUAUCUUUUUUAUUGUAAUUUUCACUGACCUUUUUAUGGGUUUCCAACAGCAACGUGAUCUGGUGAUGUUGGUGAUGGAUGGCAGCAUAGGUCAGGCUGCUUUUGAUUAGGCAUAAGCAUUCAAAGAACGUGCUUCACUUGGUGAUGUAGCUGUCAUGAAAUUGUAUGGUUAUGCGAAGGGAGGCGGUGCACUGAGCGUGUUAGUAUUACUCUUUACGUUCUUGCUCCUCAUAUAUCUUCGGGGAACUGCUAAUCACAAGGAUUCAGUUGGAACCUCUAUCUUGUAUUUGAUUAUCUCAUAUUUUUUAACUCCUCCAUGUGCAUAUGGUACACGUGAAACUUACCCCUGCAGCUUAUGAUAGGAGUAGGCCUUUACAUUUAGAAGUAUGAUGACAACAUUCUGAGGUAGAAUAAAGAUGUUGGAAGUGAGGUUGGUAUAAAUUCUUGUUUUGAUUCUCUUUUGCCUUAGUGCAUGCAAAAAUUGGGAAGCUAUUUGAUGUUUAAAGCUUAUAAGAACUUGCAGCCCUUUUAAAUUAUAUUUAUUGGUUUUAUCGACUACAAACAUUGUGUACAUGCUUCGAAAUAUUUAGUCAUCUCUGUCUUGCUCUGGAUCUUAUUGUAAAGGUUCAUCUUGUUAGCUCCAAGAAAGAGAUGUUAAAGAAUAAUCAAGUUCUUAUCUUCGGCAGAAAACUACAGGAUGAUAUAAAAAGAUGGGUGAGAGAAUAUGAGCUCGUUGCUUCGUUAAAUUUGGCCUUCAUGUGGAUAAUUCAGCAUCUGCACAAUCGUUUAAAGAAAGGGCCCUCUGUAUCUCUCAUAGGGCUGCACAUGUGAGCUAUGCAAGAUGUGUUGGACCACAUUUUGUCAAAUGGGAGCAUCUACACAAUCUUUGAAGGAAAGGGCCCUCCGUAUCUCUGACAGAGCUGCACAUAUGAACUAUGCAAGAUGUGUUGGACCAUAUUUCGUAAAAUGGGAAUAAUCAAUAUAUAGCAACCGUAGCCUCCAAAGAAUCUAAACUGGUAUGAUCUUUUUUUGCUGAAAUUCUUCCACAAGGUUUGUAGGAAAUUUAGUGAGCUUGCUUUUGUGCUCAAGUCUGUGCAACUAGGAAACAAUGGUGUCUUCAAAAAUUUGUACUCAGUGCAGAUAAUGUACAACAUGUAGAUUUUUAGAACAGUAUCCUGAAUUCUGAAAGUACAGGCUCAAAAAGACAAUGGUGCAUAGUUUUAACAUAUAUUAUGUAUUUAGUGCACAUAAUAAGAUAAGAAUAUGAUCAUCCAUCAUAUUUAUUUUUCACACCGCCAUGCUUGAGGAUAUAUACUAUUUUACAUGUUAGAUACAUUCACGACAU